CCCUCCGCCCCUCCCUCCAUCCUCACCUCCCGUCGUCUCGCCCAACAUGGCGCCCAACCCCAUCCCACUCUCCCCCGCACGCUUAGCAGCCUCACGCAUCCGGCUCCACGCAGGCGAGUCAGCCUUCCGUGAGAGCUCCGCCACGAUCGUCAUGCCUACCGCCUCUGCUGCGUUUCUCAACCCGGUCCAGGAGUUCAAUCGCGAUCUCAGCGUGCUGGCCAUUCGGGCGUGGAGCGAGAUGAUUGACGAGGACAUGAAGAGGAAAUGGACCGCCAGGAUGGAGAAGAAGAGGCUGAAUGGAGGGGUCAAUGGACAAGGUGGGAGGAAGAGGAGGGCAAAGGAUGCUGGCAAGGGUCAGGAGGAGGGUAGUAAGAAGGUCAAGGCGGACAACGGCGAACCUGAGGCACCAGUCGCAGAGUCAUCGGCCGCAGGAGCAGCGGCGGCGGCAGCAGCAGCAGCGGGAGCAGCAGGAGCAGCAGAAGCACCACCAUCGGCCGCUCCUCAGCAAACUGAAUCGGCUCCCCAAGCAAGCUCCUCAGGAUCGGCAGCAACACCACAAGUACAGGACUCCCUCGCAGCUCCAGCGCAAGAGGCUACCGCGCCUCGCUACUACCCCUUCCGCUUCACCGUCCUUGAAGCACUCUCUGCGACAGGCCUGCGAAGUAUUCGCUAUGCGCGGGAGAUCCCGCUCCUGAAGCACGUCAUAGCAAAUGAUCUCUCAGCGUCCGCAGUCGUGGCUAUGAAGCGCAAUGUGGCUCUCAACUUUCCCGCCGGGAGACCAAUCGAGGAAUGGGUGCCGGACAGGGAGGCCGAAGCCAACGAAGCGGCGCGCGAGCUCACCGAGGACGAGAUGAUGGAGCUCGAGAAUGGCGGCACUCUCGCUCAAGUAGACGCUACGCCCGCGCCCCCUCUCGAGAGCGAAUCCGAGGCUGCGUCCGCGUCCGCUGCCAUCCACCCAGACUGCAAGAUCAAAAUCAACGAGAGCGAUGCCCUCGACGUCAUGUACUCUCACCGACAUCCCGGCUUGCGCUAUCAAGUUGUGGACCUAGACCCAUAUGGAUCAGCCGGUCCCUUCAUCGACGGCGCCGUCCAGUCAGUAGCCGACGGCGGCCUCCUCUGUGUAACAUGCACAGACACCGCCGUCCUCGCCGCCAACAAUUACCCCGAGAAAGCCUUCGCCCUGUACGGCGGGAGCUGCACUCGCAACGAGUACUGUCACGAAGUCGCACUGCGCCUUGUCCUCCACUCCAUCUCAGCCGCCGCAGCAAAGUACGGUCGCCACAUCAAACCACUCCUUUCCCUCUCCAUCGACUUCUAUGUGCGCCUGUUCAUUCAGGUGGACACCGCCCCGAUCGAAGUGAAGCAGCUGGCAAGCAAGACGGGCUUGGUCUACACUUGCUCGUACUGCCACAACUUCCACGAGCAGCGCUUGGGCCGGUCGACGGAGACGCACGGCAAAAAGGGCGGGGCGACGAUCAAGUAUCAGAAUGGGGGCGGGCCGCCAGCUGCCAUGGCGGCGGGUGGCCGAUGCGAAGAGUGUGGGUCCUCUUACCUUGCUGCGGGGCCGAUGUGGCUGGACCCCAUCCACGACCCAGACUUUGCGAACCGCAUCCUUGAAGUGCUUGAGCGCGACCCUAGCCGCUCCAAGACGGCACCACGUAUCCGCGGUAUGGUAGGGACGGCAGCGCGCGAGAUUGCGGAUUCGCCCUUCUACUUUGUUCCAGCCAAGGUGUCCGGCUUGAUGCACGCAGAAUCGCCUCCUUUCGUCGCGGUGGCAUCAGCGCUGCUCAAUGCCGGCUUCUCCGUCUCACGCUCGCACUGCCAGCCCGGCUCGAUCAAGACGAAUGCUAGCCGCGCACAAUGCUACGACAUCUGGCGGGCCUGGAUCGACCAGGGCCACCCAGUCAAGGUUGAAGGGAUGGCGGAGGGGUCCCCCGCGAAGAAGUUGGUAACGAAGGAGCGCGGCGAGCUGGCAGGGAAAGUGAAUUUUGAGGAGCAUCCAGAGGCGAGGAAGCUUGCGGCAAAGGACGAUACGGGCAAGGCGGUCCGCUAUCAGCAGAACCCCUUGCCCAACUGGGGCCCAGGGACAGCGGCCAUCCGCCCAGCCAAGGGGAGCAAGCCGCAGGAGAAGAAGUAGGCGACGCGAGCACUGGCUGCGACGCGGCGCAGCGUCAUCAUUGUGUCAAUGCGACAGCGGGCGUCAUUGGAUGGCCACAUCUGUACCUCGUCGCCUUUGCACGUCACGGAGCAAAAGACAACGAAGCGAGCGGGAGUGUUCUCUGGGUCUCUCUGUAGCAUCGGCCGCUUGAUCCCGAAUGAUCGAUGUCGAUGUCUCGCGAUGCCUCGCGAUGCCUACGAUGCCUCACGAUAAUGUCU